UCGGUUAUCUACUGAUCUUUCACGCAGUUGUCUGGUUUAGGCUGUAGUAACUUAACAUUCGAGUCUAUCCAAGGACGGAGCAAUAAUAAUCUUUGCAUACGGUGGAAGCGGAAAUGACGUCAGCUAAAAUGGCGGCUCUGGGUCGGACGGGACUUUCGUCAUUCUCUAGGGUGGCAAUAAGACCACAGGUGAUCCACAAGAGUAGACAACUUCUCACCGUUUCGAGCCGUUCCUGGUUGCCAAAGACUUCCUUUCCCGUCAGUGGUGGCAGCAGAUUCCUCAGUACAGAGGCCUUAGCUGCAAACAGCCUCGAGGAGCUCCGUCUCAGCGACAGCUGCGUUAAGCAACUGAAGAAAAUCAGUGAGAAAGAUGAAUUGUUGAGAGUUGUUGUUGAAGGGGGUGGAUGUUCAGGGUUCCAGUACAAGUUUGAACUAGACAAGAAUAUUGGUGAAGAGGACAGGGUAUUUACAAAAGAUGGAGUGGGAGUUGCCAUAGACAAGGAGUCGUUAGAUUUCCUGAAGGGCUCCACGAUUGACUAUCACGAAGAACUGAUCCGAUCCGCAUUUCGCAUCAUCAACAAUCCUAACGCUGACCAUGGCUGCUCAUGCGGUGCCUCCUUCUCGCUGAAACUGGACUGAAAAUAGAUUGAAGCACAGACAAGACUCUUGAACUAGUUUAACUGUAAUAUCCAACACAAAAAUUGGACCCACCCAAACCUUCAACUGAAAAGCAUGAGUCUUUGUCAAGGAAUGAACAAACCACUGCUGUUAUGAUGCCACCGACUCUGGUCAUGGAUGGUUGUAAAGCUCUGAUGUAGAUGGCUUCUUUAAUCCCUCUAGCAAGUGGAUGCCAUAGACUUGAAUGAAUGAUUUUAUUUGUAAAACAUUGCAGCUUGGUAGCUGAAUUGCGCGUUACAUUACACUAAUUGUGGGUUAUCUCCACAUACAUAAAUUAACACAAUCAUCGUGAGUAAAACUAGGCUAUUGAAUCUCUGCAUAAAUCUACACGGUAUAUUCCGACAGUUUACGCAGACAUUGACACAUACACUUUAGGACACUAGUCGCCACUUGCGUACAGUAGAUCUAAGGCACGUGGGAUGAAGGACAACGCAUGUCUUUUAGUCUUGCUGAUCAUUGUUGCACGAUAUGGUACCUGCACGAUAUGGUACCUGCAACUUAUGAUCCACUGAUCACUGAGUCACAUGUCCUAUCUGCAUAACGCGGCGUCACGACAGUAGUGGAUUGUCCAUUCCUUGACAAAGACUGGUGCUUUUCAGUUGAAAAUUUUGGGAGUCCAAUUUUUGUGUUGAAUAUUACAGUUAAACUAGUUCAAGAAUGACUUCUACCAACACAGAUGAACUUUCAAGUACAACAUCAUCAACAAUCCUAACGCUGACCAUGGCUGCUUUUGUGGGGCCUCCUUCUCGCUGAAACUGGACUGAAAAUAGAUUGAAGCACAAACAAUGCUCGUUUAGGCACACAAUGGACAAUAAAUAAUGUACUGAACGUUAGGCCACAUCAAAUUUAUUUGUUGCUUUUCCAUUUUUUUUAGAAAAAAAUUGGGCUGACAGGUCAUAGAAUAAAUAAGAAAUUUUUUUUUCAAAAGGUCUGGGGUGAAGAUAUCGUAUAACAACAGAAAACAACAGCCUGAGGCACAUUUUAUGCAAUAAAUCCCUUCCUUUGAUUUGUUACUAUAAAUGUUCUGAAUAAAAGGCACUGUUUUUAGACUGAAAUUAUGUGUAUGUGGCUCUGAAUGGCAAUAUUUACAGGUUUGUGAGCAAAACAUGUAUUUUUUUCUCGGGACGUAAUUUUUUUUUUUUUUUAAUGAAAAAAAUGGACAGGCGAAUCCGAGAAGCAACAAAUAAAAUUGGUGUGGCCAUAUCAUUGCACAAGGCUGUAACUUGUUUUGAAGUAUUUAUUCAGCAUCCAGGAUGUGAUGUGGGAUAUCAACAAACAGAGGGUCAGACCCUCGUAUAUUCUGUAUUUUGUGUAAAUUGUUUGUUUGCCAUAAAUCAGAUUGUGAUGGGAUGUUCAUCAAUCAGCUGAUAAGUUAUGUUUUUGUACAGGCUGGACAUUAAAAGCUAUAUACACAACAA